UUUCAAUCAGGGUCUGUGCCUGCAGACUACUAACGCUUUUAUAUAGUGCGAACUACGAUGAUUACAAAUGUUAGUCAUAAUUUUAUGUUACUGAUCGAUCUUCUGCCGAAGUAAAGAUUGAAGAGUGAUGUUUAUCCAGAUCGUGGCAAAUCCAGACUGAACUUUGUGGGUAAUUAUCAAGCAACUUUGCCGCAACUAUAUUUCUCACAUGGGCUGGGGGAUCAAAUGUUGCCUUCCUCGGCAGCUGAGACUGAUGCCUACUUACCUACAGUACCGGUUUCAUUUUGAGAACCCUGGCAUAGUACAGCAUGGAUUCAAUUGAGAGUUCUGCAUACACUGUUAUCUUGAUUGAAUCUGAUGAAUGGGAGAUACAAGAUGCUUGUGAACAAGCAGAAGAAGAUGGAUGUAGUCCAGGAAUGGAAGACCAGAGUGGCACAGAUUCUCUCAAUUAUUUGAAAGCUGUAUUGAUUGAAGAAGUUGACAGUCGUGGACACGAGACUGAUUCUUCAAAGGUCACCAUCCCUGCAGGAGGACAAGUUGAAGAGAGUUUUCUACCUGUUGUACAGAGUAAUCUAGGACAAACAGAAUUGACUGAAAGUGAUGACAACAACUGUGUAUCUGUUGCAGAUCCUUUAUCACCAUCACAGUCAAUGCUCAUGUGUUCAGAGGUGAUCAUAGGAGCAGAUGUUGAUGAUCAAGGACAGAAUGAUCUGAGGAGAAUAGAAGGAGAAUCAAGAGAGUUACCACAUCAACUAUCAGUCCUUCAGGCCGAGGAUGUAGUGAGUUCUCCAGAUAUUUUGAUCCAAGAUGGCUCAUCAUCAGAUAUAUUACCGAAACCAAAUAAUGACCUGAUAUCUGAAACUGGAAUUAAGCAUGCAGUGACAUUCAAGUGCAGUCUGUGUGCAAAGGUUUUCAGGUCUGAGAGCAGUUUCCUGCGACACAAGAAUGUACAUCGGCUGAAUAGUCGUAGACCUGUCACACAGGUGCCACAAUCGGACAUUCAUUACAUUGAUGGACCAAGGAAGAAGGAUCAUCUGAAGAAUCAAGAAGAGUUUGGCUGGACCAUUAAUUUACACAAGAAUAACAGUGAUGGGCUUGAGGCUCAAAGCAAAAGGAGAGGAAGUCAUCAAGAAGAUCCCAAAUCUUUAAAAAUGGAAACAUCAGACAGUGCAACAAAAUCUAGUCCAUCUGUGGAGAGCAUAUCGUCAUCAAAAAGAAUGUCAGAAUCACAGGUGGAUGAAAAGAAACAAGUGAAUAUAAAUGUGCCAAAACCUGACGACGUUCAUGAAACGAACAAAACUUUAUCUUGUGGUCUGUGUGUUGAAGGUUUCUCAAGCUCUGCUGAACUGGAUACACACAUGAUGAUACAUUCAAGUUUCAGCUGGGAUGAAAAUGGUGGGUUGACUUUUCCAUCCAAUGCAGAACGGAAGUCUAGGAAGCAAAAAAUCAAUGAUGCUGUGCAGAUGGCAAAAGCAGGAUUUGGGAAGCAUCAUUUUCCUUGCAAUCUUUGUGGUAAGGUGUUUUCACGCCAAGCACAGCUUAAGUUUCAUCUGAUCUCACAUUCAGACGUCAGUUGUGUAUUGUGUGAUGGGUUGACAUUCGCUACAAGCGAAGAAUUGAAAAUUCAUUUGAAGACACAUUUUGGAAGUAAAAAGCCUCGAAAGAAACGUGACAGACAACGAUUGUCUUGUAACAUUUGUAAUAAAGAUUUUGCUCAUCCACAUCAGCUGCGUAAGCAUUUGUCUUUGAAAUCUUGUGUUCCUGAUAAGUCUGUUAUGACAGUACAGCAUACGGGCUUUGAACAUUCGGUCACAGAAGGCUUUAGCAAGUCCCCCCAGAAGGUAAAUAAUCACUUUUCUUGCAGUAUUUCCGAUGGUUGGAUAUCCUGUGAAACUAGAAAGGCCACGAAGCAUACUGCCAAUGAGCAUACAUGUAAGACUGUACAGAGUGGCCAUUCUAAGACACGGCCAUCAAAAGGACAAAGUAAGCAACCUCAAGGACAAAUCAAGACACUAAAGGUGAUACCUGCUCAAAGACAGCUUGCUAAGAAAAGGCGCAAGCAUUCAGCUACAAAACAGACCUCUAUGACCAGUCAAGAAAUGACCUCAGAUUCUGUGGGAAGCAUUGAUAGAGCCUUUCCAUGUUACCUGUGUGGUGUAGAGUUCUUAAAGCCGGCUGAACUUGAGCUUCAUAUCCAUUUGCAUUCAGCCUACAACUGUGAACAAUGUGAUGGUUUGACAUUUGCUUCUAGUGAAGAAUUAAGAUCUCAUAUGCUUAAUGGUAUCCAUGCUAUGCAGUUGAAAUGUCCUGUCUGUAAGGCAAUGUAUGCUUCUCAAAGUAGUCUAUCAGAUCAUAUUGCAACCCAUUCAGAUAGUACCCCAAGCGUAUGUGAAUAUUGUUCUUCUACCUUUCACUCAUUGAAAUCUUUGAAAAUACAUCAAAUCAUGGACCAUCCUAAUUCUAAAGUUAAUAAAAACUGAUGAAAUGUUUGAAAGUUAAUUUGAUGUUAAGUACAGUAUACAAAAUAAUUCAUAGAUACACUGUAAAGCUGUACGAUUGAUUUUGGACUAUUGCUCAUGAUAAAAUUAGCCCUAUGAUCAAUCGCUAAGCUUAAGGUAUAAGGUAAGUUCGACUUAAGAGUCACUUGAAUUCUAGUUGUGUAUAGAACACAUCACUGCAUUGGCCAGAUCAUGUGACAUGUUCUACAUAGACCUCAAUCAGAUUACGUGUUAAAUAAUCUGUUCUUGGGCAUUAGCAUGACUCUUAACACCCCCUGCUGGCAUGAAAAGUGUCAACUGAGGAAAUGAGGUGAUUAAUUAAGGUCCACUUAACAAACAUAUUUUUGUGCAAUAAUUACUAUUUCUAGGAAUAAGGGAUUGUAAAAAUUAUGAUAAAUAGCAGGGUGCUACAUAACUUUUUAGAUGAACUUGCCCUGUUGGGCAAGUAAAUUUUUAAAUAGUUGGAAUAUACUUGCCUGAAAUCUAUUUCACUUGCCCGAAAAAAUCCUUGAAAAUUUUUUUACUUCUUCAAAAAGAAAAAAUUAUGGUUUUAGAAACCAUUGACCUUUUUUCUCUCUUUUGACAUGAACUGAUGUACCUCGUUCUUGCAUUUUUUUUUACAAAGUGAUUUUAUCUUGCCCGCCAUGACCAAAUUUAGGGUCGGUAUAUCAUAUCGACCCUAAUUUUGGUAAUUCUACUGUGAGAGUUUUGCUUGCCCAACUCGGGCAAGUAGUUUUGGUCUUUACUUCAAAACACUUGCCCGACUAUAAUUUUUACUUGCCCCGGGCAAUCGGGCAAGUGCUUAUGUAGCACCCUGUUAAUAGGCUUUAUUUGCAAACUCAGCACAGAUAUAGAAUGUGCAGUGUAAGUGCAAACUCGAGAAGCAGGCUUUCUGAAUAUUAGUUCGUAUAUAUACAAUGGUCUCAGUUUAUGCAUACGAACAGAAAAGUUAUCGUAAGUCUGUGUGAAAGUAAAGGCCCGGUCCCACUGCACUUACAGAUGCAAAGAGAAUGUAAAACAGAAAAAAUUGUGCCAUCUGUUGUUGGAAAACGCUAUGCAUCCAUUGUGUACUCAUAAUUAUUAUUUGUUUGGCGUCACCUGGCUUGGGAGGCGAAAAGCGAACUGAAUCACUGUGACCCGCAGGUCUCUCCUGCCAAUGUAACUGAUUGGGGGGAGUGCAGGUGGACCACUACACCGGGGUUUCCCCCUACUCUUAUACGAAUAUUGCAGUGGGUUCUUAAUGUGCCAAGGUGGUGACCCUCUACACGGGCCUCCAUUUAACGUCCUAUCCGAGGGACGGAGUGUUUUCCAUUGUAACAUAGCCUGCAUCUCAUUGCAUAUGUGCUUCAUACACUCUAUCCAUCGAGCAUCCGUCCACUGUGAUUUUAUCCGCGCAAAAAGAUUUGAGCUGCACAAAACUUUUAGAACGGAUGAACUUUCCACCGGGUAUGAUGUAAAUCUGCAACAAACGUUCUAUUCCAUUAUCUGUUAAACGUCCUCUGUAUCCUCACUGCAUCCUCUGGACAUCCACUCAACUCAGAUCCACUGAAGCUGAACAACAGAAAGAGGGAGGAAAGAUAAGGUACAUGGAACGUCUAUACAUCGUUAGUAGCACAGAAAUAGAAAGUAGUAUAUGCAUCUCAUAAAUAAAGCAUUCAAAACCCCUGGAAACCCCUUCGGAGCUGUCACCCACUUCCAUUCGUUUUCAUCCACAAGGUUUCCGAUGAAUAACCAUUUAACAUUUGCUCUACAUACUACCCACGUCCAUUCUUUUUUGUUGUUUUGCAAAUUUUUCGCCAAUUUUGUCCCAUUUCUGGAGGGGAUGAAAACGGAUGGAACCAUCCGCGAAAUUUCUGCUGUGUCCUUUAUGAUUACAUUUUGUAUCCGUCGGCCAGUGGGACCAGGCCUUAUCUAUGUUUACAUGUAUGAGUUUCAAAUUAUCAUUGGAUUAUCUCAUUUGUCUGAAUGUUCCUGUACAGUGUACCUGUAUUUAAAAGUUGACUCCAAAACAGAGUUGAUUUAAUUCAUUGGAGAAAAUUGUAGGGAAAAGCAUGCCAUGAAGCAAAUGCAUAUGUAACAAUGAGAAAUUUAAGGGAUGCCAUGACUAUUUUACAACCAAUAUUAAUUAAUUUUACAGCAUUGUUUUCUGUUUAAAUCAACCUCUUGGGGGUCGACUUAGCCUUGGAUAUUUUUUGUGUUAAAUAUUCUGCAUUGAAAUUUUGCAGAUCAUGAUGUCAAUCUAGAUACAUAGGGAUCAUCAUCAACCCUUCUGUCAAUACUAGUGGAAUCUUUGUUUCAUGAAUCAUGUAUAUGAACUGCCUUUUUGAUGCCCAGUCUUGUCCAAAUUACAACUCUCUCUUAAAACAGUUUGAAAGUGUUGUCACCGUGCGAAGGAUAUCUAAAAUACAUUGUUUCUCAAGCAGUAACAUUUUGAUUUUUAACUUUUGCUUCUUUACUUUUGUUUCACAAUGAUGGGGUAGUUUUGCUUGUGAAUGUACAAAAUAAUUCUGAAGACUGGGAUACACUACUUGAUGAAUUGUGAUCUGAUUUUCAAAGAAAUGUCAAUAGCAUUGUGUAUGAAUAUUUCAACCUAUCAAAUCUGAAUGCUAAAAUUUCAAAAAUAGUGGUAUGGAUAUUCAAUUCAAUAUUCCAUUCUAUUCUGAGCCUCCCUGUAGGAAUAAAAAAAAAAUUCCAUUCCAAAUCAUAGUGACUUCAUCAUUGGCUGUGACUUGAAGCCGAGUUGAAUUUUACUCUAACCACAAAGCUUGCAUCAAAGCAGAAUGAUUUGAUUAUUCCUUGCAUUAUGCUGAACUUCAUUCAAUAUAAUUUUAUUUUUAGGAACUUUCAUUGUAGUCAGAUCUUGUAGUAUGUGACAGGCUUAAAUGGGUACUCUAGGCUGAAAUAAUAUGAUUUGAACGGAUAAGUAGUGCGACAGGCUUAAAGGGGUACAUAACAUAUGCAAUUUUAUCAAAAUAGGACAAGGAAUAACAUGACAUUUUAAAUAUUUGCACUAACAGAAGAUGUUUUGCACAUCUUCAUGAAUAUGCAAUGAUCAAGCUAAUGAUGUCAUAUACCCAUUAAUUCUUUUGUAUUUUAUUAUUUGAAAUUAUAUUUCAAUUCAAUUGUUUUAUUUUUCCACUUUCAAUUUCAUAUUUACAAUAGUAACAUAAUCACAUUUCUUCAAAUUUUGUUCUCCAAAUAUGAUUAAAAAUGGAUAGACAACUUAUUUCAUGUUUACACAUUUAUAAUAACUGCAACUUAUUUUGUACAAGAGAUCAUGUAUGAAAAUAUGAAACAAUGAUUUCAUGUAAUAACUUAAAAGGGAAAGCCGGGAUAUGACAUCAUCAGCCCUCAUGACUUUGAUCAUGUAACUAUUUUCACGAAAUAUUUCCAAAUUUAAAAUGUCAUACCUUUGUUAUUCCUUGUCUGAAUUUGAUGGAAUUUCAGCGUUUUGCUUGCUAAAUUUUUUCUUGUGUUUAUAAUUAUUUUCAGCCUUGAGUUUAAUCAAAAUUAAAAAGUUCAAAGGAAAGUGAA